GUGAUCACAAAGGAAAAGUCACAUUGCUCUGUUCUACCAUAAGUGAGAUUACGAAGAAAAGAUUUUGCAGACAGAGCAGAGCGUUCGCGACAAUUUCGACGAAAUGCAAUUCAUGUCAGCAAGAAAGCUCGUCUGGGGGUUUCCAUGAACUGACCGUUUGUGCAAGUUUGCUGUACACGCGAGAGCAGCAAUUGACUGCACGAGUUCUUUCUGUGAGAGUUACGGGGUUUAGGCAGUGCUUUCUUCACACAGACUGGAACUGACACACGGAGAGGGUCCGACAAUCUGCGUUCUGGGAGUGACUGCAGUAGCGAGUGUGAAAACACGGAAUGGCGGAAUUGAUGGAGCCUCGUCGUAGCGAAUCUUGAACAUUGUGGGAGUCAGGAAUCACUGUCACCGGUGGAAUUUUCAUGACGGCUUAGGCUAUCGAUUUUUUGUGUCCACGAGAGAGGGAAGUGGGCGCUGUUUCGAAAAAUCCGAUUUUCAGGAGGAAAUCUUGGUUCGGUGUUUGAAACCCCAAAUUAAAACAUAAGUGUCACAGUAUUGUUUCUGUCUUUCCCGGCAAUGAGUAGCUGGGCGGGUAGAGGGAAAUUCAAGGACCAGCCUACGGGCCGACGCUACUUCUCGAAUUCAGAGGAAAUGGCUGCUGGCACAUCUGCGAAACUGCGGAGUUUGAAGAGAGGCGUACAAGAAGAGGAGGAAGGAGGCGGAAAAUUUGAGGAGGAAAAGUAUUUCGAAGAAGAGAGUGCUAAGAAGCAGAAGAAGCUAGCGCAAAGUCUUAUGGAGAUCGAUAAUUUAAAUUCGUUAAAAGCGAAGAAUAUCAAGGCUAAAAAUGUGGAUGAGGUUUUUAAGGAUGUUAUUUCUAGACCUAUUUCCACAGCAAGCAUUGCUUUGACCGCAAUGCAAGAUGCCAUGAAACCUCAGAAACAAACGGUCCUUAUUCAGGAUGAGAAUCAGCUUUUCGAGAACAGCUUGCGUACCUUGCUUGAAGAACUUGUGGUACAAGCUGUGACAGAGGAAGUACCAGUAAUGCAUCUUGGAAGGUUAACAGGUCCAGAAGAUGAUGGACGAGGUCUCGUGACACGGCUUCUUGAUAUUGUGUUGUAUCUAUGCGAGCGAGGUCAUGUCGAAGGAGGUAUGGUUUUUCAGUUGCUGGAAGAUUUGACAGAAGUGUCCACCAUAAAGGACUGUAAGGAGGUCUUUGGAUACAUUGAAGGAAAACAAGAAACUCUUGGCAAGCCUGAGCUUUUUGGGCGUGGUAAGCUUGUCAUGUUAAGAACUUGCAAUCAGCUCCUUCGACGUCUUUCCAAGGCCAAUGAUGUAGUCUUCUGUGGUCGUAUCCUCAUGUUUCUGGCUCACUUUUUCCCUUUAUCCGAACGUUCUGCUGUCAACAUCAAAGGCAUUUUCAACACGUCUAACGAGACCAAGUACGAAAAAGACCCCCCGGCUGAUGCAGGCGUGCUUCUCGACUUCAACUUCUACAAGAUAUUCUGGAGUCUCCAGGAACACUUCUGCAAUCCAGCCUAUCUUGUUCAGUAUCCUGCAAGGUGGCAGGCGUUUUCAACAAGUCUCGCGACGGUGUUGCAAACCUUUGAAGCACAACCUCUCGGCGAUGAAGAUGAAAGUUCCAGCCAUUUGGAUGAAGAAGAUGAUGCAACGUUCAACAUUAAGUACCUGACCAGUAGUAACCUUUUGAGCCUAGAGCUGAAAGAUCCUGGAUUUCGGCGCCACAUUCUUGUCCAGUGUCUUAUUGUCUUCGAUUAUCUCAAGACUCCUGGAAAAACAGAGAAGGAAGGUCCGAGGGAGAGCUUGCGGGAAGAAGUUAAAACACACGAGGAGCAUGUUAGAAAACUGCUGGAAAUUACACCUCCAAAGGGAAAGGAGUUUAUUGCCGCUAUUGAACACAUUCUUGAGCGGGAGCGAAACUGGGUUUGGUGGAAGCGAGAUGGUUGCCCACCUUUUGAGAGAGUUGUGCAUGAACGCAAAACUGUGCAGGAUUCUAAACGAAGGACAAGAUGGAGACUAGGGAACAAAGAGCUUUCUCAACUGUGGAAAUGGGCGGAGUCAAAUCCUAAUGCUCUGACAGAUAUUUCAAGAGUGAAGGUCCCCUCCGUUUUGGAAUACUGGAAGCCUCUUGCAGAAGAUAUGGAUCCUGCAGCAGGAAUCGAGCCCGAAUACCACCACAAGAAAAAUCGAGUGUAUUGCUGGAAAGGCCUAAGAUUUGCUGCAAGACAAGAUUUGGAAGGUUUCUCUAGGGUUGCAGAACAGGGAAUAGAAGGUGUCGUUCCCUUGGAGCUGUUGCCUGCUGAGGUGAGGGCCAAACUGCAUGGCAAAAAUUUGGAGCGAGCGAAGCAGAAGGGAGCCAAAAAGGAGGAGGAAGGGGUAGCUUCUGUCGUAAGCGCAGAUGACAGCCAACUGAACGGAAGAGGGGCAAUGGUGGACACCGCCCAGGACAUGGAAGAUGCACAAACUAUAAUUCCAGAUUCCAUCCCUCCACCUGAUGCAGUGAACCUGAGCACAAACGAGAGGCCAGACGAAGAGGAGACGGGAAAAGCGUCGGAGACUGCAAGUAAAAGCAAAAUGAAAGAGGAAUUCUCGAGAUCAGACAUUCCUGCUUCAAGUCUUUCGAACGACACGAAAUCCGAGAGCAGAGGAACUGUUCGGAAAAGGGCGCAUCCAGAUCUAUGAUACGCUCUGCGAGAACGAGUUCACGACCUAGUGUAUUAUACAUUUGUCAAAACAGUAGUCAAGCAAGUAAAUGACGGCUAAGAAACAGACAGAUUUCACCUGUAUGACUGGAAUAUGUAUCAAAUUGUUCCACUCAUUUUUGACGUCUUACCACCCGGGACGAGGUGCCAUGAGCUCCUCGGCUCCAAGGAAUUAGGCGCGCCCGGCUUCUCAACAGCUCAAGCGCCUUCAGCAAACUGGGCUAUAGGUAUUUGUAGAGUUCUUUGCUCAGAGUAUGGUAGAGUGGCCUCAGGAUGGCCCCAACUUGGAAUUUUGAAUUCAUCAUUAUGUACAAGCACGGUGAAAUGCAAAUCAUCCACAAUUUUUUAAUGCUACCAGCACGCCGAUUAGUUGGAGGAAACAAUUGGAGAAUAUGCUACGAGCGAUCGUGCGUGUCGCAAGAGUGCAACCAUCGAUCGGUCAAAAUCUGGACUCGUUUUGCUGUAGAGAGAGGUAGGCAGCCACACACGGGGAACUCACUCCCACAUC